UGUCUCCUCUCUCUUCCAGCAUCAGCGAGCCUGUGCCCUUUGAACUGGCCAAGACUGUUUCUGCCUCCUGCCUUUGCCUUCACUGCUCCCUCCCCGGGAUGUGCUCUGCCCAGAUUACCCCAGUCCAGCUACUUUCAGUUAUUUAGAUCUCAGUCCAAAUAUCAUUCUGUCUGACAACCCAGCCUGUGGCAGCACUACUUUGCAUCCCGCCUUAGCUACUGAGCAAGGCUGAGAUGACAAGGUAGAUGGGUACUGCCAUCUGCUGCACAACAGUCUGUGCAGGCUGACCUGCUCGUCUGAGACCCAGACACCCUGUUACCCUCUGCUCCAUGACUUCUGCCUCAUAGUCCACACUGGAUGCUACUGCUCCCACCACCACACCCACAAUUCCAGGCAGUGGGAAAGGAGGAGGACGUGCCCUGAAAACUGGCACACCUUGCUGCUCAUACCCAGUUGGACGCAACUUGGUCACGUGGCCACAGCCAGCACGAAGGGAAGCUGGGAAAGUGGCCCUGCUUCUGGGAAGUCACAUGCCAGCUAGAGUCCACAGCUCUGGUACAAAGCGGGCGUGGACGCUGGGGACCCCAGCAGUCUCUGCUGUGUUUCCCGUCAUUUAUUUUGUUCCCCUCCUGUUUUCUUCUCAGCAUGUACCUCUAGAAGUUUGGUUUGGCCAGCUGCUGGCAGGAUGGACACCCGGGACAUGGGGGCCAGCUCGCCUCCGCCUCUGGCACCCAACAUCAGCGUGCCGCACCGCUGCCUGCUGCUGCUCUACGAGGACAUCGGCACCUCGCGGGUCCGGUACUGGGACCUCCUGUUGCUCGUCCCCAAUGUGCUGUUUUUCAUCUUCCUGCUCUGGAAGCUUCCGUUUGCUCGGGCCAAGAUUCGAGUCACCUCCAGCCCCAUCUUUAUCACCUUUUAUAUCCUGGUAUUCGUGGUGGCGCUGGUGGGCAUUGCCCGGGCGGUGGUGUCCAUGACGGUCAGCACGUCAGACGCGGCCACAGUGGCUGACAAGAUCCUGUGGGAGAUCACGCGCUUCUUCCUGCUGGCCAUCGAGCUGAGCGUGGUCAUCCUGGGCCUGGCCUUUGGGCACUUGGAGAGCAAGUCCAGCAUCAAGCGGGUGCUGGCCAUCACCACGGUGCUGUCGCUGGCCUACUCCGUCACCCAGGGCACGCUGGAGAUCCUGUACCCCGACGCCCACCUGUCAGCCGAGGACUUCAACAUCUACGGGCACGGGGGCCGCCAGUUCUGGCUCGUCAGCUCCUGUUUCUUCUUCCUGGUCUACUCCCUGGUGGUCGUGCUCCCCAAGACCCCGCUGAAGGAGCGCAUCUCCCUGCCGUCGCGGAGGAGCUUCUAUGUGUACGCAGGCAUACUGGCACUGCUCAACUUGGUGCAGGGGCUGGGGAGCGCGCUGCUGUGCGCCGACAUCAUCGAGGGACUCUGCUGCGUGGACGCCACCACCUUCCUCUACUUCAGCUUCUUCGCACCCCUCAUCUACGUGGCCUUCCUGCGCGGCUUCUUCGGCUCGGAGCCCAAGAUUCUCUUCUCCUACAAAUGCCAAGUGGACGAGACUGAGGAGCCGGACAUGCACCUGCCCCAGCCCUACUCCGUGGCCCGGCGGGAGGGCCCGGAGGCUGUCGGGGCGGCCAGCACACAGUUUGACUCUGCCGGGGUGGCCUAUCUAGACGACGUGGCCUCCCUGCCCUGCCACGCCGGCAGCAUCAACAGCGUGGAUAGUGAGCGCUGGAAGGCCAUCAACGCCUGAUGCAGCCGCCCCGGGGGCAGGACUGCAGGGGAGAGCGAGCACUGGAAGGCCAUCAACGCCUAGGGCAGCUGCCCCAGGGGGUGGGGCCACGGGGGACUGGCUGCAGGGGGCUGGGGGAGGAGAGCCCCAGCAGAGCGGAGGAGGGGCCCUGCCCACCCUCUGUCCCCACCUCUGUUCAGCCGGGUCCGCUCCCCCUCCCAGCUGCCCCU